AAUAAGUAAAUAAUACUGUUAACGACUCUUUACUGUCUAGAGGACUUCUGCACACACAGAGGGAGAGAGAGGGCGGUGUUUAGCAGAGAGUGUGAGAGAAGAUGGGAGGAGCCAACACUGGUUAUGAGGAAGUGAAGCUCAGUGACAGACGGCAGCUUUGUUCCACGUUACACCUCUACAAAUGUUCUAGCGGUGAGAGUCUAAUUUAAAAACACUCAAACUGGACAUAGUUGUUUUCAUAAAGACGUUGGAGAGGUUGCCAUGCUUGCAUACAUCGGUUAAAACGACAAGAGGACUCAGAAACUGACUGGAUUUUACAAACUCCUGAAAGUGAAAGUAAAGUGAAAGUAAACGAGAGGGAAGCUUACACCAGAUUUAUAUUUAUUCUUGGAGAAUGGCUUCGAAGUUAGAGGAGGAUUUCUCCUGUCCUGUGUGCACUGACAUCUUCAAGGACCCAGUUGUUCUGUCAUGUAGUCACAGCUUCUGUAAAGCCUGUCUGCAGCAGUACUGGGAAACUAAAGGAUCCAGAGAAUGUCCAGUCUGCAGGAGGAGGUCAUCAAAGCACGUGCCGCCAACCAACCGUGCAUUAAAAAACCUGUGUGAGACAUUUUUACAGGAGAGAGGUCAGAGAGGAGCACUCUGUAGUCUCCAUGGAGACAAACUCAAGCUGUUUUGUCAUGAUGAUCAGCAGCUUGUGUGUCUGGUGUGUCGAGACUCAAAACUACAUAAGAAUCACAACUUCAGUCCCAUUGCUGAAGCAGCAGUUGACCGUAAGGAGGAGAUCAUGGUCAAAGUGGAUCCCUUAAAGGAAAAGCUAAAGGCUUUUGAAAAUGUAAAACUCACCUAUGAUGAAACAGCAAAACACAUUAAGACUCAGGCCCAGCACACAGAGGAGAUGAUAAAGGAGGAGUUUGAGAAGCUUCACCAGUUUCUACGAGAUGAAGAGGCAGCCAGGAUAGCUGCACUGAGGGAAGAAGAGGAGCAGAAGAGUCAGACGAUGAAGAAGAAGAUUGAGAAGAUGAGCAGAGAGAUCUCAUCUCUUUCAGACACCAUCAGAGCCAUAGAAGAGAAGAUGGGAGCUGAUGACAUCACAUUUCUACAAGUAAGAACCAUCUAUACUGUCCUUACCAUACAUAACCACACUGACCUCAUCCAGCAUAACCACACUGACCUCAUCCAGCAUAAUCCCACUGUCUUCAUCCAGCAUAACCCCACUGACCUCAUCCAGCAUAACCACACUGUCAAAAAAAAUCCUCAGCACAUCAGGCUUAGUGCUGAAUGCCAACAGUGCCCCUACUGGCAGGUGCAGAGUAGUGCCUGCAGGUGUGACCUUGGAAAUGACAGGAUAAACCAACGCAGGACUGCUGAAAAACUGAAGAGACAUGAAGCUAUUUACUGA